AUGCCUGCCCGCAUUGCCCGCUCUGCUCCUCCUCGCAAUGGUAAUGCGAAUCGCCUGGAUUAUUCUCGCUCUCGCUCUCACCUCUCUAAUAACGACCGUGUUGAUCUCUACCACAAAUUUUCUUCCGAAAAGCUUAAACAAACUGUGCACCGUCAGGUCGCAGGCGCGGAAGCUGCCAAGUCGGUCCAUGGACCAGUGGAUAUUGAUUCCUUUCUGGAAAUCGACUGCUUCCCGGGGAUGAAGGUUUGCGGUGUGAAGAACGAGAGAGUAGUCAAUAUUACUGACUUGCUAUGCCGCGUCGACCCAAUAAUUAUUGGAGCCAGCAAACGGUCCGAACGACUGAUGUAUACACCUCUGGCUGAUGCGCUAAAUGAAAUUGCCAAGAAGGCCGUUACAGGUCGUCCCUUGCCUGUAAAGUUCGACGUUUGUGGAGACCUACGCCCGGCAGAGGAGAUUGGCGGUUUCCGAACUACACCCGACCUAUCCAUCCAACCACAGAGAAAACGUAAGAACAACGGUUCUUCGAGCGACUACUGGGCUCGCGGACUGGGCGUAAUAGAGGUGAAGGCCACGGAGCAAGAGGAUCCGUGGUACCAGAGGGUGUCGACAAGCGCGGGAGAACAUGAAUUCACCGAGGUGCAGUUGAAGACGUGGAAUCAGAUCCAGGAAUAUGCCGUCAUGGCGUACCGAGCCGUCCCCCGCUGCUUCCUCCUCGGCAUGGGUUUCUUUGGUGACGUCGUCCGUUUCUUCCGAUGGGACAGAUCGUCCGCCAUUGUCUCUGAUCCCGUAUACUAUAAACUCGACCCUGCUCCGUUGAUCACAUUCGUCGUCGGCCUCGCCAAGUUUGCCAAUAGCGGGAUCGACAGGACGGCGCAUGCGAGUCUCGGUACCAAGGCUGAACUUGCGCUCGUUCACAGCUGCUACGACGAGGCGGUGCAUCUUGGGAUCCUGUUGGAGUAUACGCCACGUCGCGACGGAGACACCUUAGAUGGCGAGAGCACCCGCAUCCAGGUCCAUCCGUGGACGUGGAACUCUAGUCUGGCUCGCGAAGAGAGCCGGCCGGAGCGAUGA